UCUCCUCUCCUCUCCCCUCCCCUCCUCUCUCGUCUCAUCCCCAGCCCACCCAGCAAUGCCCUCCCCCUCCUCCUCCCCUCCCACAUGACCUGCGCCGCGCCGCGCAGCCAUCCUCGGUUUGGUCACGGGAGCGCCGCCACGCACAUCACUUCACGCGGUUCUCCCCCUCCCUCUUCGUAGAUUGGAAUCGGCGGGCCGGAUGACGAUGUCGGGUUCUUGCGCCGCGGCGCCCGUUGCCGGCCUUCCCUCGUUGAGGACGCCGCCGCCAACGAACCUGAGACUUGGCGGCUUCUUGCACUGUUCCUCGGCCGCGCGGAGCCCCGGCGGCGCCCCGCUGGGAUGGACUCAGGGGGCCAAGAAGCAGACAACGACGCCGCCGGCAGUGGCGCGGCUGAACCGGUUGCUCUGCGGAUACAUGCGAAGAGAUGGGAAUGAAGGUGAUGUGAGGAGUCAAGGAAGGGAUGAUGCUAUUAUGUUUGGGCCAGAUGAUGAUGGUGUGAGGAUUCCUACUCAGACAGAGACUCUCGUCAAGGGUACUGCAAUGGUUGCUGAACCAGAAUACAAGCCGAUCCCUGAUCUAGAUUACCUACAAGAGCUGCUGGCUAUUCAGCAGCAAGGACCUCGUGCAAUAGGUUUCUUUGGAACCCGCAACAUGGGUUUCAUGCAUCAACAGCUUAUUGAGAUCCUGAGCUAUGCUAUGGUCAUAACAAAAAAUCACAUAUUCACAUCUGGGGCGUCCGGAACUAAUGCAGCUGUUAUCAGGGGCGCUUUAAGAGCUGAAAAGCCUGAGUUGCUUACUGUAAUUUUACCUCAAAGUCUAAAGAAGCAGCCUCCUGAAAGCCAAGAACUGUUGUCUAAAGUACAAAACUUGAUUGAGAAGCCACAGUAUGACCAUUUACCGCUGAUUGAGGCUAGCAGGUUAUGCAACAUGGACAUCAUCUCGAAGGUCCAACAGGUGAUCUGCUUCGCGUUCCAUGACAGCAAGCUGCUGAUGGAGACAUGCCAGGAGGCCAAGAACCUCCGGAAGAUCGUGACGCUUUUCUACUUGGAUUAGCUCCUGCUCAGGGAUCCUCUCUCUUUUUUGUCCGUGGGGUAGGCUGGCGGUGGUGGAAAAAAGGCAAGCUGAACGGUUUAGUUAGUUUCGAUAUAUGGGAUAGGUGGUGCGAUGACGGAGAAGAAAGUCAUUUUUGUUUCGCCCAUUAUUUUGAUUCUUGUCACAAAUAAGCAGAUAAUCUUGUCGAUAUGCCUAGUUCGUCAGUGAAAGGAAUAAGUUAUAAGUUAAAAGUUUAUUGGUGCUCAUAUCAGGCUUAUAAUUA